AUGUCCGCCGUUCCCUCCAGCAAUGGGGUGUUUGUCGUCAUCCCGCCCAGCGACGCCGGCGGCCUCCGCGCGCCCCCCGCCGUUCUGCCCACCUCCCUGUGCCAGCCUCCCGGGAUGAUGCAGUUCGAGGAGCCACCGCUGGGGGCGCAGGCGCCGAGGGCCACCCAGCCGCCCGACCUGCGGCCCGUGGAGACCUUCCUGACCGGAGAGCCCAAAGCUUUAGGGACGGUCCAGAUCCUCAUCGGUCUCAUCCACCUGGGCUUUGGCAGCGUGCUGCUCAUGGUCCGCCGCGGCCACGUGGGGACGCUCUUCAUCGAAGGCGGUGUCCCCUUCUGGGGAGGAGCCUGCUUCAUCAUCUCUGGGUCCCUCUCAGUGGCAGCCGAGAAGAAUCACACCAGCUGCUUGGUGAGGAGCAGCCUGGGGACCAACAUUCUCAGCGCCAUGGCGGCCUUUGCCGGGACAGCCAUUCUGCUGAUGGAUUUUGGUGUCACUAACUGGGACGUGGGAAGGGGCUAUCUGGCCGUGCUUACCAUUUUCACCAUCCUGGAGUUCUUCAUCGCGGUCAUUGCCACCCACUUUGGGUGCCAAGCCACCCGCGCCCAAGCCCAGGCGCCUGUGAUUUUCCUGCCAAACGCCUUCAGCACAGACUUCAACAUCCCCAGCCCCGCAGCCUCUCCGCCCCCAGCCUAUGACAAUGUGGCUUAUGCCCAAGGAGUCGUCCGAGUAGAUGGUCACUCUCGGGGUUGGAAUCCCAUCUUCCCUCUUUCCCCAGGGGGCCCAGCCUCUUCCCACCCCCACCUCGUUAAUCUGGGAGCAGGCCCCCCCCCAUCCUCACAUACUGUGGCACUGAGUGGAGUCCCUGUGGACGUCUGUCCCACAUAUUUCUCGCAGUGGUUUGUUUCCUAAAAGAGCUAAUUGACGUCAGGGGUGUUUGUCUCUCCCCUCCCUGGGCACUGUCACCCAUCAGGAAGUGGCCCGUGUGCUGCUCUGCAUUUCUCUCUGCUCGUUGGUGGAAACCCUGGCCUCACUGGGAGACGGGUUCGAGGGCUGCUCCGGCCCUCAGGCCUUAGGAUGGUCAUUAAGCUCAGAGGGCCCAGAAUCCUCCAGAAGGGAGUACUGAGUCCAGCUGCAGAAGCCACACAGCUGGCAGUGGCUUGACGUUGGGUCCCUGGGCCCCCAGACCAGCUCUGUCCUUCAUAAUCUGAGGCCACAUCACUGGGCUUCAGUUUUCCCACCUGGAAACUAAAGCACUGAACCAGAUGACAUUUAAGGCCCUCCCAGCUCCCCUGGGCUGUCUAAAGUCCUGGGUCUAAGUCAGGCAUUGCCCCCUACUGCCUCUGGAAAUGUUUGGAGCCACUAUUGACUCAGCCCUGCCCACCCCUCAGGGUUGGGGAUGUUGCAGGGGAGGGCUGAGGCCAGCCCGCUGUACCCUGGACAGCAUCCACAGAUGCACAGCAGUGGUGUCCCCUCCCUGCGGGAGGCUCAGGACCUCCCUGUGCCUUUCAGUGCUCCCUCCCUCUCCCCCUGGCCUGAGGAGAAGGCCACCUCCGAAGGUACCAUAAGCUGGAUUGGGUCUCCAGGCCAAGAAGUCACUGCCACCUGGAAUUGAGGUCCUGGCAGGUGACUUCUCUUGUCCAUACCACAGAGGGAA